UGCUGGAAUUCACAGACCACUCUCACACUCUCACACUCACCCGUGGGGGGCGGCGGGGGAGUUAGUUGAGGGCUGUGUGGAGAGAGAGAAUGCCAGUAGAGGAGGAAGAUCAAUCUCUCUCUGUCCAACCCUCUGUUCCGUUCCUGGAUUCAUUCUUGGGAGUCCGUCCCCGUCCCGCCUGCUGUGCUGCAUCUGGAUCUAAGUCUACUGGAUUACAGCUCCGUUUCUCCGCUCAUUACUCCUGACGCUUGCAUUUCCACGGCAGGCAAAGUUGGGCAUCCAGAGACUAUAUGUUGACUGCCUGUUCAUUUCCUCUUGAAUUUGUAUGCUGUUUGAGCUUCAAAAUGAUUUCACUUUUCACUGGAAGAAGUGUGAUUUUAGUAUGACAGAGAAAAGAGCUCCGUCUCUUUUUUGGGGAUUCUUUACUUAUAGGAUAGGCUAGUGAUUUUGGGGGAUUCUUUACUUAUAGGAUAGGCUAGUGAUUUUGCUAUAUUUUGAACUUCGUUGUCGCUGGUGAUUUGGUUGUGAGGGACAAGAUGAGUGGGGAGGGAGGUUAGAAAUGUAGGAAAUGUUGAUGUCUUUUCAUGUUUUAUUUUUAUCAAACAGAGACAUUCUAACCUCACUCACCCGUCUUUCUUUUGUACUGAAGAUGUGACCUUAGUGGUCUCUGUUUUUCAGUGUUUUUUUAGUGCAUUUAUUUCUCGUCACACUGGAGGGUCCACUUUGGAUGUGUGACUGCACUUGAACUCUCACCGUCCCCUGCACUUCCCUAUUCCAGCAGGCUCUUAACCUAGACCCUCUCUCUUUAACCCUGCGUAAAACCCCUCUCCCCUCUCUGGGGGCUCUCUCUGGACCUUCCGACCAUUUUCUGUUGCUUGAGGACACAGACAGCCCCGCCAGAAGAGGGGCUGUUGGGUAGGAAGACACCCCCCUCCCAAAGGUGAGAGGGGGGGGAAGAUGGCAGCUCUCGCCAGCUCUCUCAUCAGACAGAAACGGGCGGUCAAGGACGACGGACAAAACCGACCGGUAGCCAACAAGAGGAAGCCUUGUCCCAAGAGCAACAAGUCUCUGUGCCAGAAACAGAUCCUAGUCCUUAUCUCUAAAGUGCGGCUAUGUGGGGGUCGAAAAAGUCGAAAAGAAAAGAGACCGGAGCCCCAGUUGAAAGGCAUCGUGACCAGGCUGUACAGUCAGCACGGAUACUACCUGCAGAUGCAACCGGAUGGCACCAUGGACGGCACAAGGGACGAAAGCAGCUCCUUUUCACAGUUCAACUUGAUUCCUGUGGGUCUGAGGAUCGUGGCGAUCCAGGGGGCGAAAACAGGGCUCUACCUGGGCAUGAACAGCGACGGGUACCUUUACACCUCUGAACACUUCACCCCCGAGUGUAAGUUCAAGGAGAGUGUGUUUGAGAACUACUACGUGACGUACUCCUCCAUGCUCUACAGACAGAGCCAGUCGGGCCGCUCCUGGUAUAUCGGUAUCAACCGCGACGGACAAGUCAUGAAGGGCAACCGGGUGAAGAAGACCAAAGGUGCUGCACACUUCCUGCCUAAAGUUAUAGAAGUUGCCAUGUAUAAGGAGCCAUCGCUACACGAGCUAGUCAACGAACAGAAAGAGAAAGAGAAAGAGAAAGAGAAAGAGAAAGAGAAAGAGAAAGAGAAAGAGAAAGAGAAAGAGAAAGAGAAAGAGAAAGAGAAAGAGAAAGAAGGCCCUGCCCAGAAUACAGUGAAGACGUCAGAAGAACGUCAUGAAAGAACUUUCUCCAUCAAGAACUGCAGGAAAGAAAAAAAAUCCCCCAAGGCUGAUGCCUCGUAGCACAGGGGACCGAUGGUGGGGGAGGGGCAGCAGUGACACUGAGAACUAAAUAGGGACUUAAUCGCCCAUCAUGCACUUGGGCUGGCUGGAGGAAUGGUCCCCUUUCCCCAGAAGUGCACUGGGCUGCACCAUGAUGAAGUGUCAGGGGUCAACAGCCCAUCAGGUCUGGGUCUAGGAGGAAUUCCUCUCACCUGCCACCAGAGAGGAAGAUGGACUAGGGCCCAAGUCAGCACCACCACCUUUCCUCCCUGUCAAUCACCUUUACCCCUUCUCCUCUAGCACACUCACUACCAAAGGCACAGCCUGUAUAAUCUCUCUGUCAUUCAUCUACUGCCUUCCCAUCACCUGUCCUAGUUUCUAGAAAUCACCUCCACUCGCGCACACACUUUAAUUUCUAAUUGUUGUAUUUUGAUGUGCGAAUGUGUGAUUGUGUCUGUGUGUAUGUGUGAGAGAGAGGUGUGUAACAAUAAUCACUUCAUGUCAUCAUAAUUACUACUCUCGAGUCCACUCUUCUAAUUAAUGGCAAUCACCGUUGUGAAAGUGUGACUAUGCCUGGCCUCCACCAUCUGCCCACCUGCAAAUCACACACCUCACAGCUGGAGGCGGGACAUCAAAAUGAUGUUUUAUUGGACA